AUGGCUGUGCGCGGCGCCAACACCUUGACGCCCUUCUCCAUCCAGGCUAUUCUCAACAAGAAAGAGGAGCGCGUAGGACUGGCUGCGCCAGAGGGGCGCCGGGUGCCUGGGGGCACAGCGGUGGCGGUGGCCGCUUCGCCAGCAGUUUGCUGCUGGCGGCUUUUUGGGGAGGCAGAAGCGGGCGCACUGGGAGGCGCUGAGGACUCUCUGCUAUCGUCUCCAGCUCGGAGCAGAACAGCUGCGGGGCAAACUGCGGAGAGCCCGGGAGGUUGGGACUCGGACUCCGCUCUCAGCGAAGAGAACGAGGGCAGGAGGCGCUGCGCCGAAGUGCCGGGAGCCAGCGGGGCCGGCCGCGCAGGGGGAACCCUGGGCCUUGACCGGCCAGUCUGCGAGAUGCAUGCAACCAAGGAUUUGGAGGAGGAAGCCGCCGGACGGAGCGACAGCGAGAUGUCAGCCAGCGUUUCAGGCGACCGCAGCCCCAGAGCUGAGGACGACGGUGUUGGCCCGGGAGGUGCACGCGUGCCUGGGCUGUGCAGCGGCGCGGGCGGAGCAGGUGGCGGCAGGCCGGCGGGCGGCGCGGAGGAGGAGGAAGAGCCUGUUGCUCCCAAGCCCCGGAAGAAGCGCUCCCGGGCUGCUUUCUCCCACGCGCAGGUCUUUGAGCUGGAGCGUCGUUUUAACCAUCAGCGCUACCUGUCGGGUCCGGAGCGCGCAGAUCUGGCAGCGUCGCUGAAGCUCACCGAGACGCAGGUGAAGAUCUGGUUCCAGAACCGUCGCUACAAGACCAAACGUCGGCAGAUGGCCGCAGAUCUACUGGCCUCAGCGCCCGCAGCCAAGAAAGUAGCAGUAAAGGUGCUGGUGCGUGACGACCAGAGACAGUAUCUGCCCGGCGAGGUGCUGAGGCCACCCUCGCUUCUGCCACUGCAGCCUUCCUACUAUUAUCCUUACUACUGCCUCCCAGGCUGGGCGCUGUCUACGUGCGCGGCCGCUGCGGGCACCCAGUGA